AGACAGCACGUGACAAUGACGUUGCAAUUGUUAAACCAAACACGGAAGUAUUUGCACGCCUUCUGCUUCGGGGAAACCAUCGACGAGUUUGGAAACAGACAGAAGAUUUGAUUCCUUAAACUUCACAUUGAAAAAUAAGAGACAACAUGCCCAACUUGGAUAAACAUCUUUUCAACUUAAAGUUUGCUGCCAAAGACCUGCAGCGAAACUCCAAAAAAUGUGAUAAGGAGGAAAAAGUUGAAAAGUCCAAAGUGAAGAAGGCUAUUGCAAAGGGAAACAUGGAGGUAGCUCGUAUCCAUGCUGAAAAUGCCAUUCGACAGAAAAACCAGUCCAUAAACUACCUUAGGAUGAGUGCCCGAGUGGAUGCUGUGGCAUCAAGGGUCCAAACUGCUGUUACUAUGAACAAGGUGACCAAGGACAUGGCUGGUGUAGUGAAGGGGAUGGAUGCUGUGCUGAAGACCAUGAAUCUGGAGAAGAUCUCGGGGUUGAUGGACAAAUUUGAGCAUCAGUUUGAGACUCUGGACGUCCAGACUGCUCAGAUGGAGGACACUAUGAGCAGUACCACCACCCUCACCACACCUCAGGGUCAAGUUGAUGGUCUGAUGAGGGAGAUGGCAGAUGAGGCAGGAUUGGAUCUGAGUAUGGAUUUGCCAGAGGGCCAGAAAGGAUCCCUGGGUGCUGCAAGUGCGGCUUCUACAGAGCAGGAUGAGCUGUCUUCAAGACUCGCAAAGCUCCGGGACCAGAUCUGAUGAAACGUAUGAAACCAGUGGAAUGUAUGAGCAGUGUGUACAUGUAUGUAGUAUAUGGCUGGGUGCGCGCAAGCCUUACCUGGUUUUUAGAGUUAACAAUUUGGUGAUGCAACAAAAGGGCACUGGUGUGUUGGACUAUGACAUAUAUUUCAGGAAAUCUGUAUAUUACUAAGUGUAAUUGAAAAGGUUCCUUUCUUCUCUGUUCCAGUUUUACUCAACACUACAGCCAAGGUUUUUUUGGGGUAGAUGGAAACACAUUACUUGUUUAUAAAUUAUUCUUUAUUACUUUUUACACUGUCUUCACCUCAAGUGGCUUAUUUAGGUCUCGUGCCAAAGUGUAGUAUUGUGCUAUUCUCUGAUGAAGCUGCAUCUAGGAGAUGUAUUUUAUUAUUAUUAUUCUGGUGUACUGUACAUAUGCAUAAUGUAUAUAGUCCUAUCAUCUUGCUCUAAUUUUCUUAGUGGUAGAUACUCAGUGUCGGCGCCUUUGUGGAAACAACUGAUGUACCUGUAGUUUCUAUGCAAUAAAUGUGUAUAUUAUCACUUUUAAA